AUGAUAGCCGAAAUUCUGCAUCUAGACAACACGCGCGACCUCGGAUCCUCCCUCCAGACUCAGGUCCAGCAGCUGAUCCAAAAUUUGCCAAAACGUCUGCGAAAACAGCCAGUCUCUCUUAGAUGGAAGAAGACGCCUGGAGGGCUCUGUGACCUGCACCGGCCAUUAAACGCUGAUUUGAUCCAUGAUCUGCUACGGCUGGUUCAGCAUGAGGUCACAACACAUUUCCGCCAGCUGGAUGCAUACCCUAAUCUGAUUCAGCCGGCGGAGGCCCUAGUCCUGGCCCACCUGCGUUCGCUGAAGGGAUUGUGGACAAAGCCAAGUGCUGACAGCUCGCUCGCUCCAAGCGCUCACAGCUCGGUCGCUCCAGGCGCAUGGGCAUACCAGAUCAACGGGUGCGCGGCCUGUAUUCUGGCACGCAUUGCGUCAGACAAGGAGAUCAUCUGUAACUUGCGAGUAGUCCUUCAAAGCCGCACUCGAACUCGUAAGAAGCAUCGCCCGCGCCGGCUGAGCCUGUUUAUCGACGAGUGUAUUAACCAAUUCACGCCCGAUGAAGCAGAGGUGCUCCAUAGCACUGCUAGCCAGCUUGCAUACCGCAUGAAGAAUGUUCGGAAGGCCUGCGUCAAGACCUGGAUGUCUGAUCCAAACCAAAAACAUACAGGCCAUUCACAGCGGAGACACCGUCGUCACCGUGGCAAACAGCAGGAUAUUUCGGCUCAAACGCAUCGCAUUGAGAAGCACCAAAUGCCGAGCAUCACCUUGACUGAUCUUUCAGAAGAUGAUCUUGCCACCUCAUCGAAAUCAACGCAUCCCAACAGCAACCUGCUUGACGACAGCGCAUUUCAUCGUGAAGGCAGCAGUCUGUCGCGCACGGGGCAGUUAUGGAAUGAGCAUGACCCCGAGCGCCGUCGACGAUCAAGGAAUCCAAGUCCAGAGUCGCAUCGCUCCAGCCACUGGUCAAAUCUCAACGGGCCGGCAAGGUUGGAGCGUCCAAGUCUCGUCCCCGGUCGGGUGCUUCAACAAUCACGCUAUGAUGGCCAUUCACUGGCUAUUUCGGAGCAUAGACGGGGGGAUCUGGCCGAAAAAUCCGAGACGAUGACGAUGUACCAGAAACUCGCGGAAGACAACCCUUAUUCUCGAGCCACACCGGUUCCAGAGGCGAUGGUCGACCCCCUGGGGAUUCACAGUACUGGACAGGCAUUCGAUGGUGACGGUGUCCAGCAACAGGACGAGAUGGAGGUUCCCUUCAUAUACCAGUAUUCGCCGUCUGAUUAUUCCAGCAGCGACUGGACGGAUGACGAGUGUGAGGACUGGGAUGGGAAACCCUCGACAACCACGGGCCCAUCCCCGGCAGGGACUACCUGGAGUUUGCUCUGUGAGCAUCACAAUUUCAUUUGA